ACAUCAGUGCCGAGUGGCCCACAGAGCACAAUCUCCAACAGAGAAUAGGAGUAUCACCCCGGCGGACAGUUGCGGUAGCCCUCUGGCUCGGAUAUUUCUCAUUUUCUGGAUUUGUACAUUACAGAUAAAUUCCGGGAUGCCUUCAAAUAAAAAUGUCCAAGGAGGGAAAGCCUUCGGACUCUUGAAGGAGCAGCAAAGGCAAAAACUGGAAGAAAUAAACCAGGAAUACCUGGAAGACCAGAAAUACAGGGAUGAAGAAGACCUGGCCGAAAAAUUGGAAAGUCUUAAAAAUAAAUAUGCUGAGUUUGACCUGAACGACCAAGGAGAGAUUGAUAUGAUGGGUCUGAAGAGGAUGAUGGAGAAGCUGGGGGUGCCCAAGACCCACCUGGAGUUGAAAAAAAUGAUUGUGGAAGUGACGGGUGGCAGCAGCAAUGCUAUCAACUACAGGGACUUUGUGAAGAUGAUGCUGGGCAAGCGCUCAGCUGUGCUCAAACUAGUCUUAUUAUUUGAGGACAAAGCAAACAGCACUCCGUGCAAACCGGACGGACCCCCUCCAAAGCGGGACAUCGCUAGCCUGCCUUAAAGUGUGGAUGUCAGCGUCCGGAUUGCCGACGGAGCAGAAGGGCCAUCCGUGGUUGUGUGAAAUUGAGUCGUUCUCUUAACAUGUGGAGUGUUGUGUUAGUGGGACCAGUGAUUAAGGAUGUUAUUUUGUGAUAUACGGUGUGUGCGAGGUGUCUGCUAUUUGGAAGAGCCCACAACUCGCUAAAUGAUGUUUGACUGUGAAUAUUAUCGUUCAUUUUUUUCCUUAAUUAAAAUGUAGCAUUGAUAGUUGUCCAUGUAAUCUUAAAAUUUUGUAGAAAGUGUUUUCAUGGUUAUAUUUUAAGGGAAGACUCAAAAUACUCCAGAGGUGUUUUUUUCUCUUUUCCUUCCUUGAUUUUUUAUUUUGUUUGUUUCGUUUCUGGGACUCAUUCCUUUUUAAUGUGACAGUAGGACGCUUUUGGAGAAGCACAAGGAAAAGAAGCAGUUUUUCCAACACAUUUUUUUGCACUGUCCUCAGUGGUCUUGGAUGGAUUCUUGUGGCUAAUCUUGGUCAGCUUCUCACUUUAGAUCAGGUGCCAGAGAUUACAGGCCCAUUUCCUCUGGGCCACAGGCCUCGGAGCGGGAAUACUGAUCUGGAAUCAGUAAGUAGGUUAUCACGGCCACCUCAUGAUCUGAUUUUUUCUUCCCUCUUUCUUUUUUUUUGUAGAUGUCUGUACUGCUAUAUGCAUUUUGAAUAUUUGCUCACACUAGCUGAGAGGAGAAUAAGCGAUCAUGUUGACCGUCUUUCAGUUUCAGUCCUUGGCUCGAGGACCAAGACUCAGUUUUAGAUCUGUAAGGUUAAGCACAUGUUAGUUUUGGAAGGAGUGUGAUUUACAGGCACACGAGCAUUAAAAUGUACAUAAUAUACUUCACAUAGUACAAUCAUAUUCUUUCCAAGUGCCUCAACUUGCAGAUACUGUAGAGCUUAAACACGCAGAUUGAAAAAAGGAGGGAGUGCACACAAGUGUUCGGUUCUAGCAGUCCUCUUAGCUCACUAAUUCCACAAAACCGUGAAAUAACGUUCUUUGUUAUUUGGUCUUAUGGUUUUAAUGAUGUUUGUUGAAUCAUAUUGAUAUGGUGUUUCCACAACAUUCUGAAUGGGCGAAUUUUUAAAUGGAGUUUCCAUGUUUGUUUUCCCGUCACAGCAAGCGUUUGUUAGGUUAACCUGCACUCGUCUUGCAGUUCGUGUAUGUGGUUUCAGUUUGUUUUGGAUUCAUGUUUCUCCCCAGUCAUCCCUCUCUGUUUAACUGGGUUCAUCGUCCUGUGAAUUCUGCGUUUCGUGCCUCAGUGUUUGUCUCUCCAGUUUAAACUUUUUUCCUGUAUCUCACACUAUUUACUGUGAAUUUGGUACUCGUAGUAUUUAAACCCACUUGACAUGUUUUUAACUAUUUUGCUUUCAGCCUGAUAGUCACAUCACAUCUUUUAAUGUCUUUAGGAUGCACACGUUUGCAGACACCAAAGGAAUAAAAAUUCUUCUUCUCACACUGGCCUGUUAAGUUUUGAAUUGUUUAUUGCAGUAAUGGAGAUGUUUUAAACUCUUGACUAAUUUUGAGUUUGGUUGGAAAAAAUGAGUGGUUUAAUAAGUUUAAUAGGUAUAGCGUAAGUGUUUUAUUGUGGUUAAACAUUUUUUUUAUUUCACUUGUAAAAUCCAGUGCUUGUUCAGAUCAUGUUUCUGUGUUUAUAGCAGUAGACGAUGGACGACACGCAGAGGGAGAUUUAGUCAUAAAUGCAGUAACCCUGUUGACUGUAGCACGGUGUCUUGUGCAGUGAAAUGUGACGAAGGUUAGAAAGAGCUCCACAGUCGUUAAUACUGUCUGUCCGUCAAGCUCGGGGUCACAUUGCAACGCGUCUUCGGACCCUCGGCGCUGAUCUUCCAGUUCGUUCACAGGCAGAUACAAAUGCUCUGUUUGGAUCUUUAUGUUUCACUUAAAUAAUACUUUCAUUCCAUAUUUUUUCUCAUCCACUUUCCAUGUUGCGUAAUGUACGUGUAGCUGAAUGCAUACAUACCCUUGAGCAAUAAAAUGUUUUCAUGAAAAAGGAAA